GCAGGCAGCGUUUGCGACUGUCUGGUCACUGCGGUGUACGGCAGUGUGGCACCGCCAUGACAGGGGCAGGAGGUCGCAUCUUCAUCCAGAGCGACUGGGCGAGGGCCUUGUGGGAGAAUGAGAGGGAAGCCUGGGUUUCCUGUAAAAUACCGGGAGCAACCACUUUAUAUGGCUCGAUUAAGUGCCAAGGGCUUGGCAAUGAUGGCAUUCCUGUCGUCACCGCUUCAGAGGGAUUUGACGUAACUGAAGUUACAAAGAAAAGCAUUUUAAUUUCCUGCCCAGAUGGAAAUGCAGCCUCAAAAUUUCUUGUGCCUUAUGCAAUAUUCUCUAGAAUACACACCAAAAGUAUAACCAGCAUGGAUAUAUCUAGUGGUGGCGGACUGGGGGUAUCUUGCAGCACAGAUGGAACAAUGAGAGUCUGGCAGGCCAACACUGGAGAAUUGAGGAGAGAACUGGUUGGCCAUGUGUACGACGUGAAUACUUGUAGAUUUUUUCCAUCUGGCAUUGUCGUUCUAAGUGGAGGAAUGGAUGCUCAGUUAAAGAUCUGGUCCGUUGAAGAUGGAAAUUGUUCCGUAACUUUAAAUGGACACAAAGGAGGUAUUCUCGAUACAGCAAUUGUAGAGCGUGGAAGAAAUAUCAUCUCAAGCUCGAGAGAUGGAACAGCAAGAUUGUGGGACUGCGGCAUGUCCACUUGUCUUGCAGUUUUAGCAGAUUGUGGGACUCCAAUUAAUGGAUGUUCAAUUGGUGAAGCUGAAAACACAUUGAAUUUGGGUUCUCCUCAGCAUCAACCAAGUGAACGUGAAAUAGGGACUGAAGGAAAAUUGUUAUUGCUAGCUCGUGAAGAUAAAAAAUUGCAAGGAAUCGGACUGCUUAGCAGGGAACCAAUUUUUAUGUUUGAGGGAUCCGAUGCCUUCAACUGUUGUACUUUCUUUUCAAGUACGUAUGUCCUUGCGGGAACACAAGAUGGUAACAUUUAUCAGCUGGAUGUUCGAAACACACAAACUCCCAUACAGAUUAUCCAUCGAUCGGGGGCUCCCGUGCUUUCGUUGUUGCCCUCUAGAGAGGGCUUUAUGGCUAGUCACAGUGAUGGAAGUUGUUAUAUCAUUCAACAGGAUCAGGAUUAUGUCGUUGAUUUUUCAGGGCCUGAUUGUGACCCUAUUUAUAAGGUCAUUGCAAAGGAAAAGUUUGUCUACACAUGCUCCAGGGAUAGCGUUGUUCGGAAGUAUCAACUAUUGAAUUUCUGAAAACUUUAUGAAUUGUUCAUGGGAUCUCACUAAACCUUGCAUUUAUCCCUAUAAGUACAGAACAUUUAAAAAAAAUCUGAAUGUAUUCAGAGACAGUAGAGCAUAAUGUAAUAUCUGUGAAUUGUUGUGUAUCAUUUGCAUCAGCAAACAGAAGAUGAAUUACACACAAUAAAAGGAGCAGCUGCUUUGUGAUAAUUACAUUGUGUUAUUUAUUAUGAUUUUUUUUAAAUGUGACGAUAAAAUCCAUAUAGUCUCUAAUCAUUUACAUUCUAUGAAUAGACAAUGCUGAUUAGUUCAUUAAAUUAUGUUCAAAUUAUAACUGGCACUAAAUAAUUCUCAUUCCACUUUAAAAAAUAUAUAUAAUUCCUGGUCGUGCUGAAAUGUUAAAUUGUCUGGGAAUUGCUUUUGCUCAUUUCUUUUCCUUUUUACUUCUUAUUAUGACAUGCAUAUCAUCCAUCAUUUAUUGAUAUCCAAACAAUUUCCCAACCUCCUUAUCUUAUACAUUUCAUAUGAACUGUCCUUUUCUUGAUGUCCGACAGUGAAAAUGUGCCAUCUGCAAAUAACAGAACAAUGUGUUACAUCAACCGGGCAUUGAUUUCACCAAAAGCUUUGUUCUUACUUCUGCUGCAUUGAACAAUUUACAAGAUGCACUGCAGGGCAUCCAACAAAGGUUCUUCAAGAGCACCUCUCAAAGCUGUGAUUUCUGUCAACUGAAGGAAUAAGGGUGGCGGGUAUAUUGAAACAUUGUCAACAGAAGUUCCCCUUCAUGUGUCACAUUGGGGACUUGGAAAUGUACCAUGUUCUUUCAUUGUCGUUGCGUCUGAAAAUUGGAUCUCCCAACCAAACAGUAUAGUGAGAGCAUGUUCACUCCAAACAUGCACUGGCUCAAGAUCAUUCACUGCUAGUUAGGAUUAGAUUAGAAUAAAGCUCACGUUAAUAAAUUUAAUGAAACACACCACUAGACAUUUGUCUAUACUGAUGUAAAAUAAAUAAAGAGCACUGGGGGUUAAGAUCCAUUCUUCCAACUCUACCAAACAGCUGUAAAUGAAAAUUAUAAAGUGCAGAUGCUGGAAAUACAAAAUCAAAACGUUAACUCUAUUUCUCUUUCCACAGUUGCUGGCUGAUCUGCAGAUCAUUUUCCAGCAUGGAAUGUGUAGGAAUGAACUGCAGAUGCUGGUUUAAACCGAAGAAAGACACAAAAAACUGGAGUAACUCAGCAGGUACCGAAAAUUAGCCUUAAAGUAUCAUCCAGACAGAAGUGCAGAUCCAUGUGCAAAUGAAAAGUUCUUGCAGAUUGCAGAAGCCUAUGAUGUUCUGAGUGAUU